GUAGUGUGUCAUGUGACUGUGUGUUUGGACGGUUUAUGUAAUCCAGGCGGCGGAGCUGGCUGUCAGUGUGGAGGCGUCUUUGUUGGGGAGCGCGGUGACGGUGGCCGGUGAGGACCAUGGCGGUGGCCCUUGGAGGCAGUGAGGCCAAGCUGGCCCUGAAGGAAGCUCUAGACAGCUACUCGUCCCCCAACGGCCCGCGGCAGCUCGGGGCGCUGGUGGACUACCUGCUGCGGCAGUACCGGGCCUGGAGCGGGAGCGAGCCGGGGGCGGCGGCCGGCCCCCAGACCACCCUGAGCUGCCCGGGCUGUGACGGCUUCCUGCGGGACCCCGUGAGCGCCCAGUGCGGACACGCGUACUGCUGGCCCUGCCUGAGGGGGGAGCCCAGGACACAGUGCCGGCUGUGCCGGGGGGACAUGGGCCGGCCGCCCCGCAGGACCUGCGUGCUGCUUAAACAGCUGGCUGACAAGUGGUACCCGCAGCCCGGGGGCCGGAGUGGACAGGAGCGGGCUGUUACCGAGCUGCUUGCGGCAGGAGAGCCCCACAAGGCGCUGGGAGCCAUCCAACAGGCUGUGCGGACAGAUCCAAACAACUUGAACUUGCAUAUUUACAGAGCUGAAGCUUACACUGCACUAUGUGAAUUUGGGAAAGCUCAUGAAGAGCUAGACUUUGUCCUUUCAAAGCAGCGAAACUGGCCAGAGGUUUACUUUAAGAAAGCAAACAUUCUGCAAGUCACAGGUUAUAUGUAUGAAUCCUUGACCUUUUACCUGCAGUGCUUGGCAGUGGAUGAAGAAUUUGUUUGGGCCAAAUCUGAGAUUGAAAAGAUAUUACGGGACUUCUUAUCUCCUGUACCAGAGAAUGUAGAAGGUAUCCUGAAGGACCUUGAAAGAACUUUCUUGCCAAACACACCACUGAAGCCUUUUGUCCUGGAGUCUGAUAAAGAAGCGCCUGCAUAUAGUUUACAUCCUUUUUCGGAACAGGAUGCAGGAAUAUCAAAAUCAAUGAGCACUUUCAGCAGAAGUGACCUGCAGUGGCCACAGUCGAAUCAUGCUGUAGAAAUAUCUGCCAAGGAUGAAAGCUUGAAAAGGGUGUCGUCAGAACCCCUCUUAUCCAGUCACAAUAAGGGAAUUUUGCUAAAGAGAAAAUUCUCUCUGUCUGAACAAGAUUUGAAUAUAUGUCAAGAUGGAUUGAAGAAACAUAUCAAAAAUGGGGAAGCAUCGGAUGAAGAUAUGUCCUUUUUGCUUACUGAUCGAACCGACCCACAUACCCCUGUGGAUGUUUCUGAUUUUGAGUGCUCCCUAUGUAUGAGAUUAUUCUAUGAACCAGUGACCACACCAUGUGGACAUACCUUUUGCAAGAAAUGUUUGGAACGCUGUUUAGAUCACACACCCCAUUGUCCUUUAUGCAAGGAAACUUUGACAGAGUAUCUAUCAGGCAGAAAUUACAAUGUUACUUACUUGGUGGAAGCUCUUAUUAAGUGUUAUCUCCCCGAAGAGUUGGCAGAGAGGAGAAGGAUUCAUGAAGAAGAAACAAAUGAGCUAUCAAACUUAACAAAAAAUGUGCCUAUGUUUGUCUGUACAAUGGCAUAUCCUACAGUGCCUUGUCCUCUCCAUGUAUUUGAGCCUCGAUACAGACUGAUGAUCAGAAGGUGUAUGGAAACCGGUACCAAGCAAUUUGGAAUGUGCAUAAGUGACCCAGAAAAGAGUUUUGCAGAUUAUGGGUGUAUGCUGCAAAUACGAAAAGUUCAUUUCUUACCUGAUGGCCGUUCCGUGGUGGAUACAGUUGGUGGAAAACGAUUUCGCGUUUUGAAAAGGGGAAUGAAAGAUGGUUAUUGCACGGCUGACAUUGAAUACUUGUCAGACAUUCAGGUUGCGGAAGAAGAGGAGUUGCAGCAGUUCAGAGAACUCCAUGAUGCUGUAUACAAUCAGGCCUGUCGCUGGUUCCAAAAUUUAAGAUACAGAUUUCGCAGCCAAAUUCUGCAUCACUUUGGUUCCAUGCCAGAAAGGGAAGAAAAUAUACAGGCAAUUCCAAAUGGACCUGCGUGGUGCUGGUGGCUGCUUGCUGUUUUACCUGUGGACCCCAGGUACCAGCUGUCCGUACUUUCUAUGAUCUCUCUCAAGGAUCGGCUCCUGAAAAUCCAGCACAUAUUGACGUAUUUUUCUAGAGAUCAGUCCAAAUGACUAACCGCCUGGAGCUUCCUGAAAAGUUACCCACUCCUAACUGUAAUAGCCGCAGGAUUUUUUGCCUUCUUUGCACAUCUAACAUUAACUUGAGACAUUAGUGUGAACAAAUAUUCUCACGUUUGUGGAUCUCUGUGAGAAGAAAAUGUAUUUGGAAUCAUUCAGCUGCUGUUGUAUUACAAUGAACUUGCACUAUGUAUAAAGUUGUUUGUUAUAAUUUUUUUACAUUUUUGUGUUUAUAUGAUAUAAAUGCAUUGCUUAUUUUGACUUCAAGACUUCCAGGAGUGCACAGUUUUGCUGCUUCCAGCCAGCUAUAUAUUUUUUUGUGAAUUUUCACCUUGAAGAUACAGAUCUAACAAAUGGAAAUUUUUAACUCUAUUUGGUCAUUCAUUGCCUUAAGUAUGCAGUGUUCUAUGUAUGUGUCUGUUUUCUUUCCCCAAAACUUUACAUCCUACCAAUUUACCUUUUGCACAUAUCUGCUAAUAUAUAUUUAUUUUUAUCAUACAAAAAACCCUUUCAAUAUUACCUUUUUUAAAAUGUUCUUUUUAUUGGACUUGUGCCCUGAGUAAUGCUUAAUCUUCCCCAUACUUGUGCCUGUCACUGGAAAGAUUAAUGGAAAUACUCCUUUAGAGGUCCAUGGCAGUCACUACUUGACUUCAGUAGUUAAUGCUGCAAAUCCUUGGGGGGAAAAAAUAAUCCAAUUUAUCAUUGGUUUUAAAAUGUGUUCUAAGUGCACACCAGAUAUUGUUUGGCAACUUUUUGUUCAUAUUAUAAAAGGGAGUCUACCAUAGAAAAAUGUAUUUAUUUUAUUUUUUGUACAUGUAUUGUGAUAUCAUGUGGUUCAAUGUUAUCAAAAAUGUACAUGUAAAGUCUGGGUUUUUUUUGGGGGGGGGGGGGGGUUUC